AUGCCUGUCAGGCCGGAAUCAUCCCGACCGCCACCUGACUAUCUUGCUCGGCGGCGGGCGGCGAGGUUGGCUUGGCUGGACAGCCAGCUUGUCGAUGCUGGGACUCAGACUGAGGAUCAAGCUCUGUGUGCUGACGGGGCUGAAGAAGAGGGCAAGGCGGUUACUGAUGGUCUAUCUCAAGCGCUAGUGAACGGCAUGGCGGAUGCUAGUAUGCAAUCUCGGGAGCAAGGUCUGCAGGUUGACGGCGCCCCUAAAAAGCAGGGUCGUUGGUCCUGGAAGAAGAAUAUGUCUGUAGGAGGACGUGUAUCACUUGGUUUUGGGAAUAGGAAGCUCAAACUCGGCCUGAAGUUUCACCUUGAAGCCGGAAUUGGAUCGACGCCGAACUUGGAGCUGAUCCCGGCCAUGGACUCAUCGGUUCCGCCUAAACCGACGCCUACCUCGACCUCGACCUCAACGCCUUCUCUGACCUCGACCUCAACGUCUUCUCUGACCUCGAGCUCGACGCUGAACUCGGACACCGCCCCUCUUAUCUCCAAGUCCACGAAAAAGACUGCCAAGUAG